AAGCGUUAGUUUUAUUACUGAACCUUUGUUCGUCUACGCAUGCGCAGAGUGAGUUACCGUUUCCGGUUUUUACUUCAACUUUCAUUUUCAUCAAGAGAAUUCAUUCAUGGCCCAGUUGAUGUUAACAUAAUUCUGACCGACUGAACAAUGAGUACCAGCUCUGAGAGUGGCCCUGGUUCUGCCAAGCCUAUCAAAAAGACUCCAAAUGAUUUUGUCUUUGGUAAAGUCAUAGGGGAAGGCUCUUAUUCAACAGUCUAUUUAGCAAAAGAAAUAAGUUCUGGAACAGAGUAUGCAAUCAAGGUAUUGGAGAAGAAGCACAUUAUGAGGGAAAGGAAAACACAAUAUGUGAUGAGAGAGAAGGAAGUUCUCAUGAAGAUAAAUCAUCCAUUCUUUAUCAGACUCUACUAUACCUUCCAAGAUGCAGAUAGACUAUACUUUGUGUUGAGUUAUGCAAGGAGAGGAGAGCUUUUAGACUACCUCCACAAGUUAUCAUCAUUUGAUGAAGACUGUUCAAGACACUACACUGCAGAAAUUGUCAAAGCACUAGAAUAUUUACAUGGCGUAGGAAUUGUUCAUAGAGAUUUAAAACCAGAGAAUACAUUGUUAAAUGAUGAAAUGCAUAUCCAGAUAACUGACUUUGGUUCAGCAAAGAUCUUUAAAAAUGGUGCAGAGGAUGGAUCUGGAGAGAAUAAUGAAGGCCAAAGGAAGAAUUCUUUUGUUGGUACUGCCCAGUAUGUAUCUCCGGAAGUUCUUACCAGUAAAUCUGCAAGUAAAAGUUCUGAUCUGUGGGCUCUAGGAUGUAUUCUUUUUCAAUUUUUAUCUGGUGAAUGCCCUUUUAGAGGAGGCCAUGAAUACCAAAUAUUCCAGAAAAUCACAAAACUUGAAUAUGAAUUCCCUGAAGGUUUCAAUCCUAUAGCUCGAGAUUUAGUUGAAAAAUUACUGGUUUUAGAUCCAGAUAAAAGACUUGGCAGUGAUGAGAUGGGAGGCUUUGAGAAGUUAAAGGCACAUGAAUUCUUCAAGGGUAUAGAUUGGGACCACCUAGAGGAAGUAAAACCACCAGCAUUAGUUCCCUACCUACCAGCAACAGCUAGCAACCCUGAACAUUGUUGGAGUACAAUGAAGCCUGGCUUGACUGACAAAAGAAUUGGGGAAAUCCUAACAUCACAUUUAAUAACAGAACAAGAGAGGAAGGCGAGGUUAGAAGAGCAGGCAAAGAAUAAUGAGUAUCAUAAAUUUACCGAAGGACAUCUCAUACUGAAACAAGGCUUCAUUGACAAAAGAAAGGGAUUGUUUGCCAGAAGAAGAAUGUUCCUACUGACAGAGGGACCUCACUUAUAUUAUGUAGAUCCAGUAAAUAAAGUAUACAAGGGACAAAUUCCAUGGUCAAAAGAUUUAAAGACAGAACAAAAGAACUUUAAGAUAUUUUUUGUACAUACACCAAACAGAACAUAUUAUUUAGAAGAACCAAGAAAGAAAGCAGAGGAAUGGGUAAAAGAGAUAGACAAAGUGUGGGAGAUGUACUAUGGUUAGACAGCGGUCCACAGACAAACAAACCAGAACAGACUUUAUAGUUUUUCAUGUCAACCUCUGCAAACAUCAGCCUCUUUUCUUGAUAUUGAGGUUGCAAUAUAUGUACUUGACUGAAUGCUUACAGAAGAUGGACAGUAGUUAGACAGAAAUCUACAAACUUAAGCAGAACUAUAAAUUGCUGAAUUCUUACAUCUUUAUUUGUAGAAUUAUAAUCACUCAAAAUAUAUUCUGACUGCAAUAUAGAACUGACAGGUAUAGGGAAAAGACUUUGUUGAUACAGCUGUACUAGAUCGGUUGCAAGAACCAGGAAGAAGUAUUAUUAUAUAGAUUGUGGUAUAUGUAGUUUUCACAAAGAGGCCACAGCUGUAGUCAUUGUGAUUGUCUUGUUUACUACUUGAGAAGGACUCGAGGGCCCUUCAGGAAUUUUCAGACAGACCAAAGAGAUUGUAGGAUCUGUUACAAUAAGGAUUGUUUUAUAGUGACAUUGAUGAUAGAAGUGCAUGGUAUGCAUAAACUGUUGUAUUGUGUGCAAGUGAUUACAAUUUUAACCUCUGCUAAUGUUGAUUUACAGACAAGAAAGUUGUUGACAUGGUGACAGUGACAUUGUUGUCAAAUGACAUAGACUUUUCACUUACAUGGCCAUUUUGUGUUGAAUUUUAUGCAUACUAACUUAUUUGACAGAGAUAAGCUGCUAAUGCAAAGUAAAUGCAGGCUAUUUAUGUUUCAUACACAAAUAAAAACUAACUUAAACAAAUAUGAAUGAUUGAACAUAAGUUGACCUCUAACCCUUAUAAAUAUAUUAUAUGCUCUGACAGCUCAUUUUAUACAUUUUAUCACUCAAAUACCCCAUACUUCAUUUCCUCAUCAUUUAAAAUCAGUUAAUUAAUUAUUGUGGAAAGUAAAAUGGUACACAGUACUACUUCGGCACCUAGCCCUCAAAUCUGCUCUGGUAUCUAGCCCAAUAGCCCAUUUGAGAUUAUUCAUAGAGGAAUAGAACUAAGAAUGCCUUUUCAUUCAGAUUUGAAAUUGGGGAAGACACUUCUGUUUGUUAAUGAUAAUAAAUACAAAAGAAAAGACAAAUUGUUUAAGUGAGGUCUAGGCUGUUUCUGAAUUGUGUCCAAAAUUACUUGCAUAUUCUAUGGAGCUAUAAUAUUGAGCUGUUUCUGAACAUUACUAGUAUCUGAAUUUUACUUUAUGUUAAAGGGAAAGGCAAUGUUCUUAUUUUAAUGCUGUCUUCUAGGAAUUCUUAAAUCAUUUAAAAAUUGGAACAAAAACGAGAAAGAUAUAAGCAUUUAAAGAUUUUAUCAGAAUGGCGGCCAUUUUGUUUCCAUGGCAACAAAAACAAAAUUGCGUAUUUAUUAAAUUUCUAGAUAUAUAUUUGAACUGUAAUUACUUAUUUCUGUAAAAUAAUUUCUCUACAUUUUGUGGCUGUAACAAAAGAAAUUACGACGUUUUACAUGUAACACUCGAGAAACAUGAAAUUAAUCUAUUUAAAAGGUUAUUCGCUAAAUAAAGAAUUCAUAAUGUAAAUGACGUCAUAAACACACUUAAAUAGCUGCCUCCAUGAUCAGCCAUUUUCUUCAGAUUCAAACUGGCAUAUCUUCUUUCAUAGUGGUCCGAUUUUAAAGAUUCUUUCAGCGUUAUGGAAGGCUUGGGGAUGGCUUUUCAUGGCUAAAAUUAACUUUAUGUCAGGCAUUCUUUGCCUGUUAAACUGUUUGGUGACAAGAACUAGUGUUGAACUGACAUUUGCCAUUGUUUGUAUUGUUAGGGAAACCUUACUGACUGUAGUUUAUAACCACUAGUGGUUAAAAACUACUAAUAAAAGUUUCAUGAUGUAGUUGGCCAAUUGUGAUUUAAACUGUUUCUUGCCAUUUGACCAUUGCUAAAGUUUACUUCCUACUUUCUGAUCAUUACUUAAGAUGACAUUUUACUUUCUUAUCAUUACUAAAAUUGACCUGUUACUUUUUAAUCAUUACUUAAGUUGACUGUCUGAUCAUUGCUACUGUUAACUUGUUGCUUACUGAUCUUUACUGAAGUUAAUUUGCUCUAUUUUUGUCAUUACUAAAGUUUACCUGUUACUGUCUAAUCAUUACCAAAGUUGACGUGUUACUGUCUAAUUAUUAGUAAAGUUGACCUGUUAGUUUUUAAUCAUUACUGAAGUUAACUUGCUUUAUUUUGGUUUUUACUAAAGUUGACCUGUUACUGUCUAAUCAUUGCUACUGUUGACUUGUUACUAUCGGAUUAUUAAUAAAAUUAACUUUUUUAUGUUUUAAAGUUACCUGCCAUAAGUUGUGUCAUACUGUAGCAACCAUUGAACUGUUACUUGCAUGAAUAAUGUUAAAUAGUUUAUAUCCAUAUCUGAUAAAAAAUGUAACAUGCU